CUACGACAUGGACUACGCCGAGAUCGUUGACAUCUGGAGGAAACAGAAGACGCGAAAGCAGGCUAAGACUGUGGCCUAUGAGGCUCCCCUCAACAAAGGCAAGAGUGCAGCCGAGGAUUCGGAUGAGGAGAUUGCAGCUAGUGAGGGUUCAUAUGAGGAUGAGGAUGAUGAGGAGGAGGAGGAUGAUGAUGAUGAUGAUGAUGAUGAUGAUGAUGAUGAUGAUGAUGAUGAUGAUGAUGAUGAUGAUGAUGAUGAUGAUGAUGAUGAUGAUGAUGAUGAUGAUGAUGAUGAUGAUGAUGAUGAUGGUGAUGAUGAUGAUGAUGAUGAUGAUGAUGAUGAUGAUGAUGAUGAUGAUGAUGAUGAUGAUGAUGAUGAUGAUGAUGAUGAUGAUGAUGAUGAUGAUGAGAUGCUGCUCUGUUACCGGUUUUUUUUCUGAUAAGGCACAAAAACCCUGGCAAAUCAGAG